UCGAAUGGAUGUUUAUCAGUACAUGAGUGUUGUCCUGUAAAGGUUUUUCAUGCUUUCUGUUGCUGUUUUGAAGGAGGCCACGUUCCAAGUGGUUUUAGUCUCCAACGUCCAUCGCUCUUUCAUCCUCAUCAACUAUGGAGACAUUGCACGGACAGAACAAAAGUGGCAGGCUGGUUACAGCACGUUGGACUCUGUCCGUUCGUUCACAGUUCCAGUAACCAGCGUCCAAGAACUCUCAUCUAGCAGCAAUAUCAAUGUGAAUGGUCGCCUCUCUUUCCAUGUGGAUGGUUCACCGAACUUGCCAACAAAUUUCCUUGCUUCUGGGGCUGGAGACACAGUGAACCCCCCUGCUGAGGAUGGAAGCUCUGAUGUCAUUUUCUUGCAGCAGCCUUUCAGAUACUUUGGACGCACAUACAGUCAGAUCUUCGUGAACAACAAUGGCUACUUGACGUUUACUGAGCCGCUGUCUGCCUACAACCCCGUUCUGGAGACCGCAAGAGAUAUCGUUGCUCCUCUUUGGACUCGCCUUGACAAUCGACGGGGUGGAACUGUCUCCUACAGAGAGGAUACAAGCAAUGCUGUACUGGCACAAGUCACUGCGGCCAUUAAGCAGUACUUCCCUAACAUACCUUUUGCUGCUACAUCAGCUUUUGUGGCUACCUGGGACAGUGUGCCGUACCAUAAUGGUGGAGGGGUGGUCAGUUUCCAAGUGGUUUUGGCGUACAAUGUUCAUCGCUCUUUCAUCAUCAUCUAUUAUGGAGAUGUUGCAGAAACAGGACAACCCUGGCAGGCUGGUUAUAAUACUGUAGACUCUGCAAGCUCUUUCACAAUUCCAGCAGCACGUGUCCCUGAUCUCUUAUCGAGCAGUAAUAUCAAUGCGAAUGCUUGCUGGUCUUUCCAUGUUGAUGGGUCACCAAACCUGCCAUCUAAUUUCCUACCAUUUGGAAUCGGAGAAAUAGUAACCCCCCGUUUGGAGAAUGGAAGCUCUGAAGCCAUUACAUUGCAGCAGCCUUUCAAGUUUUUUGGACGCACACAUAACCAGACAUUUGUCAACAACAAUGGCCAUCUAACUUUUACUGAGCCGCUGUCCUACUACAUUCCCCUUCUGAAUUCUGGAAGAGACAUCAUUGCUCCUCUCUGGACUCAACUUGACAAUCGACGUGGUGGAACUAUCUCCUGUAGAGAGGAUAGAAGCAGUUCUGUUCUGGCACUAGUCACUGAAGCUAUUGACCGAUACUUCCCUAACAUAACGUUUGUCGCUACAUCAGCUUUUGUGGCUACCUGGGAUAGUGUGCCAUACAAAAAUGGUCAAGGGGAGGUCACAUUCCAAGUGGUUUUAGUCUCCAACGUCCAUCGCUCCUUCAUCCUCAUCAACUAUGGAGACAUUGCAGAGACAGAACAAAAGUGGCAGGCUGGUUACAGCACGUUGGACUCUGUCCAUUCAUUCACAAUUCCAGUAACCAGCGUCCAAGAACUCUCAUCCAGCAGCAAUAUCAAUGUGAAUGGUCGCGUCUCUUUCCAUGUGGAUGGUUCACCAAAUUUGCCAACAAAUUUCCUCGCUUCUGGGGCUGGAGACACAGUGAACCCCCCUGCUGAGGAUGGAAGCUCUAAUGUAAUUUUCUUGCAGCAGCCUUUCAGAUACUUUGGACGCACAUACAAUCAGAUCUUCGUCAACAACAAUGGCUACUUGACGUUUACCGAACCGCUGUCUGCCUACAACCCCGUUCUGGAUACCGCAAGAGAUAUCGUUGCUCCUCUUUGGACUCGCCUUGACAAUCGACGAGGUGGAACUGUCUCCUACAGAGAGGAUACAAGCAAUGUUGUACUGGCACAAGUCACUGCGGCCAUUAAGCAGUACUUCCCUAACAUACCUUUUGCUGCUACAUCAGCUUUUGUGGCUACCUGGGACAGUGUGCCGUACCAUAACGGUGGAGGGGUGGUCACUUUCCAAGUGGUUUUAGCGUACAAUGUUCAUCGCUCUUUCAUCCUCAUUUAUUAUGGAGAUGUUGCAGAAACAGGACAACUUUGGCAGGCUGGCUAUAAUACUGUGGACUCUGCAAGCUCUUUCACAAUUCCAGCAGCACGUGUCCCUGAGCUCUUAUCGAGGAGUAAUAUCAAUGUGAAUGCUUCCUGGUCUUUCCAUGUUGAUGGGUCACCAAACCUGCCAUCUAAUUUCCUACCAUUUGGAAACGGAGAAAUAGUAACCCCCCGUUUGGAGAAUGGAAGCUCUGAAGCCAUUACAUUGCUGCAGCCUUUCAGGUUUUUUGGACGCACACUCAACCAGACCUUUGUCAACAACAAUGGCCAUCUAACGUUUACUGAGCCGCUGUCCGACUACAUUCCCCUUCUGAAUUCUGGAAGAGACAUCAUUGCUCCUCUCUGGACUCAACUUGACAAUCGACGUGGUGGAACUAUCUCCUGUAGAAAGGAUAGAAGCAGUUCUGUUCUGGCACUAGUCACUGCAGCUAUUGACCAAUACUUCCCUAACAUAACGUUUGUCGCUACAUCAGCUUUUGUGGCUACCUGGGAUAGUGUGCCAUACCAAAAUGGUGAAGGGGAGGCCACGUUCCAAGUGGUUUUAGUCUCCAACGUCCAUCGCUCUUUCAUCCUCAUCAACUAUGGAGACAUUGCAGAGACAGAACAAAAGUGGCAGGCUGGUUACAGCACGUUGGACUCUGUCCGUUCGUUCACAGUUCCAGUAACCAGCGCCCAGGAACUCUCAUCUAGCAGCAAUAUCAAUGUGAAUGGUCGCCUCUCUUUCCAAGUGGAUGGUUCACCGAACUUGCCAACAAAUUUCCUCGCUUCUGGGGCUGGAGACACAGUGAACCCCCCUGCUGAGGAUGGAAGCUCUGAUGUCAUUUUCUUGCAACAGCCUUUCAGAUACUUUGGACGAACAUACAAUCAGAUCUUCGUGAACAACAAUGGCUACUUAACAUUUACUGAGCCGCUGUCUGCCUACAACCCCGUUCUGGAUACCGCAAGAGACAUUGUUGCUCCUCUUUGGACUCGCCUUGACAAUCGACGAGGUGGAACUGUCUCCUACAGAGAGGAUACAAGCAAUGUUGUACUGGCACAAGUCACUGCAGCUGUUAAGAAAUACUUUCCUAACAUACCUUUUGCUGCUACAUCAGCUUUUGUGGCUACCUGGGACAGAGUGCCGUACCAUAACGGUGGAGGGGUGGUCACUUUCCAAGUGGUUUUAGCGUACAAUGUUCAUCGCUCGUUCAUCCUCAUCUAUUAUGGAGAUGUUGCAGAAACAGGACAACUUUGGCAGGCUGGUUAUAAUACUGUGGACUCUGCAAGCUCUUUCACAAUUCCAGCAGCACGUGUCCCUGAUCUCUUAUCGAGCAGUAAUAUCAAUGCGAAUGCUUGCUGGUCUUUCCAUGUUGAUGGGUCUCCAAACCUGCCAUCUAAUUUCCUACCAUUUGGAAUCGGAGAAAUAGUAACCCCCCGUUUGGAGAAUGGAAGCUCUGAAGCCAUUACAUUGCUGCAGCCUUUCAAGUUUUUUGGACGCACACAUAACCAGACAUUUGUCAACAACAACGGCCAUCUAACGUUUACUGAGCCACUGUCUUACUACAUUCCCCUUCUGAAUUCUGGAAGAGACAUCAUUGCUCCUCUCUGGACUCAACUUGACAAUCGACGUGGUGGAACUAUCUCCUGUAGAGAGGAUAGAAGCAGUUCUGUUCUGGCACUAGUCACUGCAGCUAUUGACCGAUACUUCCCUAACAUAACGUUUGUCGCUACAUCAGCUUUUGUGGCUACCUGGGAUAGUGUGCCAUACCAAAAUGGUGAAGGGGAGGCCACGUUCCAAGUGGUUUUAGUCUCCAACGUCCAUCGCUCUUUCAUCCUCAUCAACUAUGGAGAUAUUGCAGAGACAGAACAAAAGUGGCAGGCUGGUUACAGCACGUUGGACUCUGUCCAUUCGUUCACAAUUCCAGUAACCAGCGUCCAAGAACUCUCAUCCAGCAGCAAUAUCAAAGUGAAUGGUCGCCUCUCUUUCCAAGUGGAUGGUUCACCGAACUUGCCAACACAUUUCCUCGCUUCUGGGGCUGGAGACACAGUGAACCCCCCUGCUGAGGAUGGAAGCUCUGAUGUCAUUUUCUUGCAGCAGCCUUUCAGAUACUUUGGACGUACAUACAAUCAGAUCUUCGUGAACAACAACGGCUACCUAACGUUUACUGAGCCUAUGUCUGCCUACAAUCCCAUUCUGGAUAACGCAAGAGACAUCGUUGCUCCACUUUGGACUCGCCUUGACAAUCGACGAGGUGGAACUGUCUCCUACAGAGAGGAUACAAGCAAUGCUGUACUGGCACAAGUCACUGCAGCUGUUAAGAAAUAUUUCCCUAACAUACCUUUUGCUGCUACAUCAGCUUUUGUGGCUACCUGGGACAGAGUGCCGUACCAUAAUGGUGGAGGGGUGGUCACUUUCCAAGCAGUUUUAGCGUACAAUGUUCAUCGCUCUUUCAUCCUCAUCUAUUAUGGAGAUGUUGCAGAAACAGGACAACCUUGGCAGGCUGGCUAUAAUACUGUGGACUCUGCAAGCUCUUUCACAAUUCCAGCAGCACGUGUCCCUGAUCUCUUAUCGAGCAGUAAUAUCAAUGUGAAUGCUUGCUGGUCUUUCCAUGUUGAUGGGUCACCAAACUUGCCAUCUAAUUUCCUACCAUUUGGAAACGGAGAAAUAGUAACCCCUCGUUUGGAGAAUGGAAGCUCUGAAGCCAUUACAUUGCUGCAGCCUUUCAAGUUUUUUGGACGCACACACAACCAGACCUUUGUCAACAACAAUGGCCAUCUAACGUUUACUGAGCCGCUGUCCGACUACAUUCCCCUUCUGAAUUCUGGAAGAGACAUUGUUGCUCCUCUCUGGACUCAUCUUGACAAUCUUCAUGGUGGAACUAUCUCCUAUAGAGAGGACACAAAUAGUUCUGUACUGAUAGUAGUCACUGCAGCUGUUAAUCAAUACUUCCCUAACCUUGCCCUUCCAUUCAUCGCUACAUCAGUGUUUGUAGCUACCUGGGAUAAUGUGCCGUACUUCUCUGGUGAAGGGGUAGUUACUUUUCAAGUGGUCUUAAUCUCCAAUGUUGAUCACUCCUUCAUCCUGUUUAACUACGGAAACAUCGCAGAAACCAGACAACGAUGGCUCGCUCUCUAUGACACAGUGGACUUUGCAAACUCUAACAGCAAUGUCAACGUUAAAGGUCGCUGGGUUUUUCAUGUUUAUGAUGUUUGUGAUACCUUAGGCUGCACUGGACAAGAAGUUUGCAGUUUUAGAGAUGCCUAUGGCUGUAGUUGCUUGGAAGGACAAAAACAUAAUCCUGAAACAUUUGAUGCAAAGCAGUUUUGUGACAGCAGCACUAGCUCCUUAUCUCUUUCACGCUGCCAACUCUUUGAAUCUGGUUUUCCUCCUGAGAUCCUGCAUCUAAAUGACCCCAGUUGCAAAGGAAUUUCAGAAAAUGGCAGAGUUCUAUUUCAUUUUGACAAUGAUGGCCACGUCUGUGGUACUACUUUAAUGAGCAAUGGCACUCACUUCAUCUACCAAAACGCCAUUCAUUCUAACUUGUCAGUGGGUGUUAUUACACGAGAGAGAUGGAUGAAUAUUGCAUUUUCUUGUGCAUACCCUCUGAUCCAGAACCUCUCUAUGCCCAAGGACAUCCAAGCUGAAUGGAGUGUGAUAAGCAUCGACCUUCCUGGCCAGGGCACAUACCAGAUCCGGAUGAUUCUUUACCAUGAUGCUCAGUUUAGCAGCCCAUAUGAGGGAGAUGCGGAAGUGCAGGUGAAUCAGCAGAUGUAUGUUGCAGUUGAAGUGGGAGGAGUGGAUAGAAGUCAGAUUGCCACAGUUCUGGACAACUGCUGGGCCACACCGGUUAAUGAUAUUGAUCAUCAAAUUCGCUGGAAUCUGAUUAUUAGAGAAUGUCCCAACCCUGAGGAUGGUACAGUGGAGGUUUUACAGAAUGGUAUUGACACAACAAGCCGUUUCUCCUUCAGGAUGUUUACCUUCACAGGGGGUUCCGAUCAAAUCUUUUUGCACUGUCAAGUUCACCUCUGCCUAGUACGGAAUGGCAGAUGUGCACAGUCAUGCAACCCUGGACGUAGACGCAGAAGGCGCAGAUCUGUGGACUUCCAUCACACUACAGCGAUCACCAUGGGUUUUUAACAGCGCUAAGCAACCCUGCUGGAUGAAAGAUGAAUGAUAUCAGAAAGAAAACUUUUGUCACUAUUGAAAAUGUGUUAUUUAAAACUGUAAACAUUUUUAGGGUGGGGCUAUUAUGACUCUA